AUGGCCUCUUCAGCGACCCCCGACGACGCGGGCCUCGUCCUCGCCCACCCGAACGACGACGAGCAGGUCCGCACAUGGACGCACACGCAUCCGUCCUGGGGCCCGUCCUACCCGCUCGACGUCUACCUCGCGCGCGAGCGGGAGCUCCUCACCGUACCCCUGGCCCGCGACGGCGGCAUCAGGCAAUGGAUCCUGACCACGCCGUCACCCGCAUCCGCCUCUGCCACCGGCGGGACCAGCAGUGAAAGCAGCAGCAGCAACAACAACCGCCCCGUCCUCUCCUCGUGUGAGACCCUGCGCAAGCGCGCCCUCGUCCGCAGCCCCGGCCAGCCCACCGUCCGCGACGUCCACGCCCACGGCGUCGCCAGCGUCUUCACCUACCCCGAGUUCCGCCGCAAGGGUUACGCCGCCCGCAUGCUCGACCAGCUCGGCAAGAAGCUCGCCGACGACGAGGCCCGCCAGCCCGGCGACGCGGCUUUCUCCGUACUCUUCUCGGACAUUGGCAAGAAGUUCUAUGCUGCGCUCGACUGGGCGCCCUUCGAAAGCUCUCACCUGACGUUGCCCGCUGCUGUGUCGGGCGAUGCUUCUGCUAGUGCCCGUGGCGAUGUGACGCCCAUCACGGACGAUAACCUGGAACUCCUAGUGGCCCUCGACGAGAAGCUCCUCCGCGAGCGCAUGGCCGCUGACGAUGACGCAAAUCCCACCACCAAAACGCGCGUCGCCAUCCUCCCGGACAUGGACCACAUGCGAUGGCACUUUGCCCGCGAGGCUUUCAUGUCGACACACCACCUCGGCCGCGCGCCCACCGUCCACGGCGCCGUGUACACCAGCCCCUCCAACGGCUCCCGCGUCUGGGCCAUCUGGGUGCGAGUCCACUCUGGCGGCACGAUGAACCCGGCCAAGAACGUGGUGUACAUCCAACGUUCUGUCGUCGAGAAUUCGAGCAUCUCGGACGCCGAGCUAUCACAGGCCUGGCGUGCCAUUCUUGAAGUUGCACGGGUGGAGGCCCGCGAGUGGAUGUGCUCUCGCGUCGACAUGUGGAACCCCGACGAGCGGACCAAACGCCUCAUCGUGCAGAUGGAGGACCUGAAGGCCCAGUACGUCGUCAGGGAAGAAGACAGCAUCACCAGCCUGCGGUGGUUCGGUGACGGUUCCGUCCAACGCGUCGAAUGGGUCGCAAACGAGCGCUACGAAUGGUGUUAG